GACUCAGUGCUGCUGUUUUCAUUCUGGUGGCAGCUAAUGCCUGUUUCCAUCAGGUAACAUGUGCACCAGAGGAUCAACAUAACGGAGCCCCAGGAUUCAACAAUGGCAUCUGUGCUGAGAGCUGGAGGGAGGUGUGCUGCGAGGAUGGCACUGUGCUGAGACCUGGAGAUCCAAGCAUGCGGUGCUGUGGACAGCAGACGUUCGACCCCAGGUUCAGCUCCUGCUGCAAAGGGCACCUGCACCAGGAGGCGGGGCUUUCCUGCUGCAAUGGCACCGCCUACAGCCCCUUAAAUUCCACCUGCUGCCUGGGUGCCGUGACAACAGGCGUUAGUGAAAUGGUGUCAGAUUGCUGUGAAACAAGGGCAUUCAACCCUGUCACUCAGGUCUGCUGUGAGUCCCGCAUACACCAACGCUGGCCAGAUUUCGACUGCUGUGGGACAGAGCGCUUCAAUACGACUACGCAUCUGUGCUGUGGCAAAUACAAGGAUACGAUCGUUGUAAAGCCGUCUGCGCACCAUUCAUGUUGUGGAAAAGAAUCUUUUGACAAGACUACCCACUGCUGCACAGCUGAUACCCUGAAGAUACUGCCCCUGAACGACACAAAUUGCCACACCUACGAAAUUCCACCUUCCCCAGGUGUGGUGACAACAAGUGUUAGUGAAAUGGUGUCAGAUUGCUGUAAAACAAAGGAUGUCAACCCUGACCCUCAGCCAGAUUUCAACUGCUGUGGGAAAGUGUGCUUCAAUAAGACUACGCAUCUGUGCUGUGGCAAAGACUUGGAUACGAUCAUUAUGAAGCCGUCUGCGCACCAUUCAUGUUGUGGAAAAGAAUCUUUUGACAAGACUACCCACUGCUGCACAGCUGAUACCCUGAAGAUACUGCCCCUGAAAGACACAAAUUGCCACACCUACGAAAUUCCACCUUCCCCAGGGCAGCUGCUAGGGCGGGACUACCAGCGGGGCUCAGACCAGAACCCUGCCAAUACACCACCAUGUCAGAGAAAUGGUAUUUUCCAGCAACGCUGUGGAUUGGACUGCACAUACGACCCACAGAAGGAGCGCUGCUGCAUCAACAGGACAUCGCACAGUGGCAGGCCUUACCUGCCUGGUUACACCUGCUGUGAAGGCCAGCUCACUUCUACCCCAGGUAUAUCUGAGGGGCGGUGCUGUGGUUCGGUGGGGUAUGACCCCAGAAACCAAAUCUGCUGUGGUGGCAAGGUGACCACAAAACAUCCAAAUGGAAACCAGUGUUGUGGAGAGAAGUCGUACAGUGUGCUGGACCAGACAAAGCUGUGCUGCAGCGGAGUGCUUCAUGACCUGAUCGGAUGCAGUUUGGAGGGAGCGGAGUGCGUUGGGACCAGGAUUCACUGCCCACAAUCAGAAACUCAGUGCGGGUCGAUUCUGCACCCACAACGAGGCCUGCACUGCUGCGGAGAACAGACCUAUGACCCCGAUAAGGACCUAUGCUGUGCUGGACACCGAUGGCCAGGGAAAAGGGGAAUGGGGUGCUGUGGGGUCCAGCCCUAUGACCCUGGGGACCCCAAAACGAAGUGCUGCUCUGGCCACCUCCACAGCCUGCAGGCGGGGCACCAUGGCAAGGCGCAGUGCUGCGGGGUCCACCUGAUCGCCAAAGCGUCCCUCCAGUGCUGCGCCUCGGCCCAGAAGCAGCUGCCGUACCCCAGGACGCCCGGCCUCUCCUGCUGCGGACACUUCCAGUACAACACUACCCAGCACUACUGCUGUGCGGGACACCUCCGCAGAGCCACCCCCGCCGUCCGGCACAGGGAGAACUCGGGGCACUGUGAGCUUAUAACUUCGGACACCCAGAAGGCUCUGCAUGAGCUAUGCAAAAAGACAGUACUCAUAGGGUCAGUGGAAAGCAUGGCGGUGAAAGAAAAUGGGUACCGUGAAGUUGUGGUAAAGAACGUCCUGCAGAUCCAUGUGGAGAAGAACUUGAUCGCCCUGAGGGGUACCCUCGUGCUCCUCUUGAAUCACUGUAGCUGUCCGCCACUGGCCAAGGAUGGGCUCUACCUGUUCAACCUGCAGGAGACCAACAGAACGACCAUCUCUGACCUGAGCACGACCGUCUCCCCGGUGUAUGACCUGCUGUCUGCGCGCCAAUGGGCUCAUCUUAGGAAUGCAUCCACAUGCAGCUAAAGUCUGAAAGUUCGACUUUUUUUUAAAGCCAUUUUUGUGACUGUAUGAACUCCCCAGUAAAAGAUGCCGUUUGUUUUCCGAUCCCCUUUUUUGUACUUGGAGGACAGGGGAUGCAUAAAGAAGACUGAGGGUGUUUUGCAGUCCAAGCUACUUCAUAUGCUAUAUAAGUGCUUUGAUAGACUUAUAGACUUAACCAUUUGGUUGUAUCAUAUAUGCUAUAUAACUACUGUAUCCUCAGGGCAUUCAGCAAUCCAUGUUAAACGUCAUAUUUAGAUAACAAUGCAGCGGAUUUGUGUUUUUCUUUAUGAAAUCCACAAGUGCUGCAGCCCUGGAGCUCUUUGUAUUUCUUUGUCAACGUGCCCUGGGAAAUUGACAUGGAGCCAGGCACAGAGGCAAAAACAACACUGAUGAAAUCUGAUGAAAUAUCUAGUACAGUGUCUAGUAUUCCGUCUGGGUUCAUUUUUUGUCUGUUUUUGCUGACGACAUGUUUUCACUCAGUUCAACUGUUUCCAUCCACCUACCGGGUAUUCUCUGCACCUGGGUUCAGUGAUGGGUCGUCUCCUCGUGAGUAGAUUAAGGGCUCUUAAUGCCACAACCUUGGUUUGAUUCCAACCCAAAGUCUGGAGACAGGCACAUGGUGCUAUUAAGCUGUGUUACUCAAUGUUAUUCCCAUCUCAGUUUCUGAUUGCCCCCUCGCCCCCCUGUGCUUUGUGACAACAAAAUAUGGAAAUUCUCUCUCGUUCCCAUGUUUUUAAUUUAACCGAUGUUCAAUGUUGUGAAACUAAUUUUUCUCAGCAGAUAUGAUGCUAAAUCACAGUAUUUAUAUUUUUUUUACUGAUUUUGAAUCGAGUAUAGUGUUGUAAUUCCAAAGGUAGAAUAUAAAUUAUUUUUUUUUUUUAAUUUUGUUCAUUUUGUACUGUAUUCACAGUCCUGCACUACCACCAAAUGUGAUUCAGGCAUCACCACUGUUUACUGGACGAAGACACAGCGAGUGUAACUUCUGUGGCAAUAUUUUUGAUCCCUGUUGAUCCGAUUACAUACAAUGAUAUGUGCUUUUAGCUUCCCAUUGUUACAGUAUUGUCUUCGCCAGAAGUGUGUGUGCUUAUAGCAUUGUGUAACAUUGUAUAAUGAAUGAGACUAGGCAAGGGAGUUAACUGCAGAGAACAUCCUUCAUAUAAGGGGUUGGACUUGCGAAAUGUACAACUGAAAAUCUAAUAAUCAGAAAACGAAAUAAAUGUGUUUAUUGCUUAUUCAAUAAAGCUCAUUUUGAAAGACA